GAUGAGAGCCGCGCCGCACCGCGCAUAGCCGCGCAGGCUGACAGGCAGAAGGACUGACUUCCCUCUCCCGGGCAUCCUCCCUGGGCUGCCGGGAGGCGGCGGCGGCGGGGGAGGAGGAGGGAAAGGGGGAGAAGGCGGAGAGCAGGAACGCGAGGAGGUGGACCUGGAUCCGUUUCUCCCGGCCAGGACGCGAGCGGCCCCAGCUACCGCUACCCGCCGGCGCCGUCCCCUAUCCAUCAGCCCUCCUGCACCCAUCCGCGACCCUGGGCUCUCUGCGCGUCGGGCCGGGGCCGGAGCGGCGCGGCCGCAGCUAGAGACCCUGGCUUCUGGAUCACAAUCAACAUUUAACCUAGCCACCGAGGGAACCUUGCUGGUAUGUUUGGUGCUAUUUUAUGGAUGAGAGAGAGGCAGAUGUUUGCCCAAGAUCAGCUCAAGUAUGAGAGAUGGAUAUGAGAUACCAAGCCUGUCAUCUGCACACAACUGCCUGCCUAUAGGACUGUCUGGCUUCCUCGUUAUGCCCAUGCUUUGCUAAGUGCUGGUGGCCAUCGAAGUUUUUGCAUCCUGGGGACGAAUCCUGAGCUCACCAGAGACGGACGACGCAAGGUCCGGGCUCUGGUUCCCUGUGAGAAGCUGCCACGGCCCACCGAGAUGUCCAGGCACCAUAGCCGCUUCGAAAGAGAUUACCGCGUUGGCUGGGACCGCCGCGAGUGGAGUGUCAAUGGGACCCACGGGGCCACCAGCGUCUGCAGCGUCACCUCCGGUGCUGGUGGAGGCACAGCCAGCAGUCUCAGUGCACGACCCGGCCUCCUACCCCUGCCCGUGGUGCCCUCCCGGCUGCCCACACCUGCCACCGCUCCUGCUCCCUGCACGACAGGCAGUAAUGAAGCCAUUACCAGUCUCGUGGCCAGCUCGGCCUCCGCAGUCACCACCAAGGCUCCGGGCAUCUCCAAAGCCGACAAUCAGUCCCAGGGACUCACGACCAGCAUUCGAUGGGGCCAGACGCCCAUCAAUCAGUCCACACCCUGGGACACCGAUGAGCCGCCCUCCAAACAGAUGAGGGAGAGCGAAAAUCCAGGCACAGGGCCAUGGGUGACCACGGUGGCCGCCGGGAACCAACCUUCCCUGAUUGCACACUCCUAUGGAGUGACCCAGCCUCCCACCUUCAGCCCGGCUGUGAACGUCCAGGCCCCGGUCAUCGGGGUGACUCCCUCACUGCCUCCCCAUGUGGGGCCCCAGCUCCCGCUGAUGCCCGGCCACUACUCACUCCCACAGCCGCCCUCCCAACCACUGAGCAGUGUGGUGGUGAACAUGCCUGCCCAGGCCCUGUAUGCCAGCCCUCAGCCCCUGGCGGUAUCCACUUUGCCUGGAGUGGGGCAGGUAGCCCGCCCGGGACCCACUGCUGUGGGCAACGGCCACAUGGCAGGGCCUCUGCUGCCUCCACCUCCGCCAGCCCAGCCGUCCGCUGCUCUCCCCAGUAACGUCCCUGCCACCAAUGGGCCCCCCACCACAGACUCGGCCCAUGGGCUACAAAUGCUACGGACCAUUGGAGUGGGGAAGUAUGAAUUCACCGACCCAGGGCACCCUAAAGAGAUGUUGAAGGAAUUGAACCAGCAGCGACGAGCGAAAGCGUUUACAGACCUGAAAAUUGUUGUAGAAGGCAGAGAGUUUGAAGUCCACCAAAAUGUUCUAGCUUCCUGCAGCUUGUAUUUCAAGGACCUGAUUCAAAGGUCAGUGCAGGACGGCAGCCAGGGCGGCCGGGAGAAGCUGGAACUGGUGCUCUCGAACCUGCAGGCUGAUGUCCUCGAGUUACUGCUGGAAUUCGUCUACACCGGCUCGCUGGUCAUCGACUCCGCCAACGCCAAGACCCUGCUCGAGGCGGCCAGCAAGUUCCAGUUCCACACCUUCUGCAAAGUCUGCGUGUCCUUUCUCGAGAAGCAGCUGACCGCCAGCAACUGCCUGGGUGUGCUGGCCAUGGCUGAGGCCAUGCAGUGUGGCGAGCUCUACCACAUGGCCAAGGCCUUCGCGCUGCAGAUCUUCCCCGAGGUGGCGGCCCAGGAGGAGAUCCUCAGCAUCUCGAAGGAUGACUUCAUCGCCUACGUCUCCAAUGACAGUCUCAACACCAAGGCCGAGGAGCUGGUCUAUGAAACUGUCAUCAGGUGGAUCAAGAAGGACCCAGCAGCACGGGCGCAGUACGCAGCAGAGCUCCUCGCGGCUGUCCGCCUCCCGUUCAUCCACCCCAGCUAUCUGCUCAACGUGGUGGACAAUGAAGAACUUAUCAAGUCAUCGGAAGCAUGCCGGGACCUGGUCAAUGAGGCAAAACGCUACCACAUGCUGCCCCAUGCCCGGCAGGAGAUGCAGACACCCCGCACCCGGCCCCGCCUCUCUGCAGGUGUGGCCGAGGUCAUCGUUUUGGUUGGGGGCCGGCAGAUGGUGGGGAUGACCCAGCGCUCACUGGUGGCUGUCACCUGCUGGAAUCCACAGAACAACAAGUGGUACCCCUUGGCCUCGCUGCCUUUCUAUGACCGAGAGUUCUUCAGUGUAGUGAGUGCCGGGGACAACAUCUACCUCUCAGGUGGUAUGGAAUCAGGGGUGACGCUGGCGGAUGUCUGGUGCUACAUGUCCCUGUUGGAUAACUGGAACCUGGUCUCCAGAAUGACUGUCCCUCGCUGUCGCCACAACAGUCUCGUCUAUGAUGGGAAGAUUUACACUCUCGGGGGACUUGGAGUGGCAGGCAACGUGGACCACGUGGAGAGGUACGACACCAUCACUAACCAAUGGGAGACGGUAGCCCCUCUGCCCAAGGCAGUGCACUCAGCCGCGGCCACCGUGUGUGGUGGCAAGGUCUACGUGUUUGGUGGGGUCAAUGAGGCAGGCCGAGCCGCAGGCGUCCUUCAGUCCUACGUGCCACAGACCAACACGUGGAGCUUCAUUGAGUCCCCAAUGAUCGACAACAAGUAUGCCCCUGCUGUCACCCUCAACGGCUUUGUGUUCAUCCUGGGAGGAUCUUACGCCCGAGCCACCACCAUCUACGACCCGGAAAAGGGCAACAUCAAGGCAGGCCCAAACAUGAAUCACUCUCGCCAGUUCUGCAGCGCUGUGGUGCUCGAUGGUAAAAUUUAUGCAACCGGAGGCAUCGUGAGCAGCGAGGGACCAGCCCUGGGCAACAUGGAAGCCUAUGAGCCCACAACCAACACAUGGACCCUCCUACCCCACAUGCCCUGUCCUGUGUUCAGACACGGCUGUGUCGUGAUAAAGAAAUACAUUCAAAGCGGCUGACAUCAGCGGAGAGCCCAGGACAAGCCUAUGGGACAAGUCUGGUGAGGCACAUGCCACACACCAUGGUUAUCUUUCGACACCAAUGAGAGGCCCACAAAACGCAAUCAAGAAACUCACUGCGCGAACAUUUCGAAUAUUCUCUACAUUGAAUGUAGAAAAUCAUCCUCGCCUUUUGGGUGAAGUGGGGCACAGUGCUCCGGGCAGCAGGAACCUGGAACACACAGAGCCAGGGAUCUCUGGCCAGCCAAGGCGCUUGCUCUCAACAGGGGGCGCUCGCUCUGCCCGGUGCAAUAGUUUCACAUAUUUUUCAACUGGGAGAGAAGCUGGUUUUUUUUUUUUUUUUUUUUUUUUCCUUCUUGCAGAGCAAGCUCAAUCCCUAAACCACCAUAGAUCAGUUAUCCUGUGACAAUAUUGGGCACCAGGCUCUUUGGGAAUAAGGUCAAAGUGUCCUUAUCACUUUGAUUCCUACUUUUUGUUUUUUGUUUUGUUUUGAACCAAUCUACACGUUCAAGUGGCCGAGAGAAAAAAAAACGAAGGACGGGACCAUGCAGCACCAAGGCCUAGGAGGGGGCUGGUGGCCACCAGACAGGAGAGAGGGCCAGCUGCGUGUGCCCAGCCCGGGCUGGCAGCCGCAGGGAUCGCUGGGAAGAGCCGCCUGUCCUUCACGGGUUUUUCUAACCAUGUUUUCGCUGCAAAAGGACAUGGUGGAUGUGCUAGCUUUCUCUUAGCCAGUAUGAAUUAUUUAGAUUUCCAAGGCAUUUUCUUGAUACACAAAAGGCUAUUUUUAAGUACCGAGAGGGGGAGGCCACAAGAGGGAUAACACAGGGACUUCCCAAAGCUCUUUGUAGGUAGUGCCAGAGCCACGGGGGGGGGGCACUCGCUCUCACUUUUCUAUGUGUGCAGAAUAGAGGAUCUCUCCUGAGAUGGGCCAUGCCCCCACUUUAUUUUUGGAAAAAGUUAACUCCCAGACAGCCCUGGAAGACCAUGCCUCACAGAGGCAUUGUCAGGGGGGCAAGGGUCUAUCCUAGAAGAAUACAGUUCUGGCUUCUGACACCAGUCCAGCUCUCCCUCCGUGAGGUAAAGCUGAGGACCCAGGCCCAGGCAAGGGACUGAGGGAGGGAGGGCGGGAGGGAGAAGAAAUGUCUACAAAGCACAGGAGACUAUUUUUGAUAUUUAUAGCUAUAUAUUCAAGGCACCUGCCACAAGAGCUCUCAGGAUGGGGACAGCCUUCUUAGAUGAGCCAUGACAGCCACGGCCCGAGGGGCACAAGUAGAACCGUUUUUCUUCUUGCCCUGUUUUAACAGUAACCCGAGAAAAGGGAAGCCAGGAAAGAGAUCCCGACGAGGCUCAAAAGAGAAUGGCCUUCCCAUUAGUCCUUAGACCUUCAAACCUCACCCGGUCAUCAGUUUCCAUUCUAGGGCAGGAAGAAGGCCGCGCCGCUGCCGCCACCGCCAUCGCCACCAUGCUGUUUAGUUGAAGUUAGUACCAAAUACACACCGUUUUUUCUACCUGGGAAGUCAGCUCGCCGCCGUCACUUCACGAUAAGAACCGUUUGGCAGAGAGAGAGAGACAGGACACACUUUCCAUCAUUCAGUAUUGGACGACACAAAAUCCCAGUCCUCACGACGGGCGUCUCCGUCCAGCAUCCCAAGUGUGGCUCCCACUUGACAAAGAUACCGAGCUUCGUUAUGCAGUUUUUAAUAUUUAUUAUUUAAAAAAAAAGUAAUAAGCACAAAACUACAUACCUUGUAUGUCAUUUAAAAAGUAUUUAUGUCAAACAGGGUGCAAGUGUGAACCCAAGGACCGGAGCACAAAUUUCUAACUGCCUGGGGCAGGGCGAAUGUGAGCAUUGGUGUGCAUCUGCCUCCAAGGGAGGUGUUAGUGGUCAACAGGACUCCACAGAUGACACUGAAAUUCUGUUUCUCUCCUCAUCUAUCACACUGGAGCAAAACUGGCUAUUUCUGUGAAUGAUAUAAAAAACAGGGUUCUCUGUAAUGGUAUUGUAUAUAGUAUAUGUUUAUUGUUAAGUUGUUAUAUUAUAAUAAAUAUAUUUAUAGAUCUAGACUCGGAAGCCGAUGCAAUGUCUUUGUGUGCCCUGGUGUUCGCCUCAGUAUCGACAUAGCCCUGUGCAAGCCUGUUACUCCUCUUGGUUACUGAGAGUAUGUGUCCUCUUACAGACGUCCACGUAGGUUUGGGUGACUGGGGAGGACCCUUUGCAAGAGGACAGAGGCCGAUGCACAUAACCCGUGAAAGACAGCGGAAGGUCAAAGUUGAAAGGACUCACAGGCGCAAUAGACUUGAGCUAGACUCUUCCCUACGAUCUUCUCAUCACAGCCAUGCAUCUGAAAGCUCCAUAGCUUGCUGCCCCCGCCUCCCCUGUCCCUUCACACCCCUUCACUCCUGCACGGGAGUCACUUUAUGUUCUCAGUUCAUCAGCCUAGCAGGAGAUACAUGACACCUUCCUCUAGGAAGAAAUACAAUUUCCAUGCUAAGACCCAGGUAAGGUGGUCUUCUGCUUCCACCUUUACUCCCGAAGGGUUCUCGGGUCUGCCACACAGACACAACACACUUGGCUCUACCCAGGACACCUAGGCAGGGUUUAGUUAGCAUGAAAUGUGGAAGGCCUCUGUCAGGAAGGACGUUCACAAAGAGAGGGUAGAUUUUUCCAGCAUAGUCACCCACAUGAAGCCUCCAUGCCCCUUAAUCCCUAAAUCUUACCAAGAAAGACCUAGUGUUUCCUUGAAAGGAAAACCCUAGUAAGACUUGGAAGAGGAGGUAAGAAGAGGGAUUCUCCUGAAAACUUGGCUGAAGCCUUGGGAUGAGAGGUCCAUACAUCUAUCAAAUAAAUAUUUCCCUAGGAACAUGAAUCCUGGAAGGAAGGCUGGAGGCAAUAUGAAGGAUGGCAAUCAUGAAAGCUGAAAUGCUAACUUGUCAUGAGAGCAGUAUGUUAGCUCCAUUCUUGUCUAGUCCAGUUUUUUUUUUUUUUUUACAUCAAGGAAAAUGUUCUCGUGGUCCAUGAAGGGUUUCAUGUGUUUUAUACCUAACUCUGGUGGUAAACAGAUUCCUUUUUACCAUAGAGAGAUGGCUGUACCGGAUUAGGAGACCCACCAUGAGCACCAUCAAGGUACAACCACCUGGCCUAACGAAGAUAGUGAGAAGAACACUCCACAUGGUGUGUGGAUUUUUUUUUCUUAAGAACCUCAAAAUAAGAGAGCAAUUGAGAGAAAGAUCUAUUGCCUGUGUGAUAAAGAGAAUCUCAGUUAAAGGGGCCAGGUAAUGCAAUUGGAAAAUGUUAGUUAAGUAGAAAUAGGUGUUAGAACAAAAAAAAAUAAUAAUAAAAAGGUGCUGGCAAACAGAAUCCAAAAGUUAAAAAAAAAAAAAAAAAAAAAAGCUCAACACUGAAACUCGACAAGGAGUGAGGUAACACCUUCUAACUAUUAAGUUAACUCCCUAAACCCACCUGUAGGGGGAGCUGUGCUGAGAAGGCGCAUGAGUCCCCAUAAUAGUAUUGAGGGCUCUGCCAAUGGACAGCAAGGAGACAGGCACCGGGUAUCAGGUUCCCAAGGAGCACUGAGUAAAUCACUUCUAGACAGCCAUAAAGAAAUGACACGAACUCUAGGAAAAUAACGCCAGCUAUUCUAACAGGGUGUGUGAGGAUGACUAGUACUUGUCUGUUGACAUUAAUGAUGCACUAGCCACCACGCUAAGCGUACAAAGCACUGGAUCCUCGCAGUUCAGAUAUGAAAGACCCCAAAACAAAGAAAAUCCAUGCUUGUCCAAGAUUGUAGCUUAAAGUGUGCAGGGCCCCAUGGCAAUAGGAUCAGCAUCCAUCCCUAGUGCAUGAGCUGGCUUUUUGGAGUCCACUACCUAUGACAGGACACCUUAGCGCACAGCCUUGAUGCAGGGGGAGGGGCUUGAAUCUUCCUCAACUGAAUGUACCAGGCUCUGCUGACUGACUCCCCAUGGGAGGCCUUACCUUGUUGGAGGAGGGAAUGGGGGGUAGGUUGGGGGGAAGGCUGGUGGGCGGGAGGAGGGGAGAGAGGGGGAUCUGUGGUUGGUAUGUAACAUGAAUAAAAAAAUGUCUUUAGAAAAUGUGCAGCUAUGUGUGGAAGAUAUAUAUGCAUGUGUAUCAAUGUACGUAGAAGAACCCACUUUGCAAGACCACCUAGGACUGCUGAGUGCUAACAACUCUGAAUCCAGGGUUCUUUUUCCUCCCCAAGCUACCUCAGAAACCCUUACGUUCAUAUGAAACGACCAACUGUGCAGCCCUAUCAUUGUACUCGUGGAACUGCGAGCAUAUAUUCUCUCUUUUCAAGAAUUUAUACAAGUAAUUACAUAUAUACUUCUAUAAUAAAAAUGUAGAUAUGCUA